AUGCCUAAAAAAGUGUACGCUGUUAAAAGCGGAAGACGAACAGGUAUUUUCAAUACUUGGGAUGAAGCCAAGGCUCAAGUAAAUGGCUAUUCAGGCGCUCAAUUUAAAAGCUUCAGUGACGCCGAAAGUGCCUCAAACUACAUGAAGGCAAGCAAGCCCUCAAGCACUCCAUAUUCAAGUGCAAGCUGCAAGAGUCGCAAUACAUCCUCUAUUGAGAAUAGCAGUGAUAUAUACAGCUCAAAAAGCUUCGAUCUACCGGGAUUGAUCGGUAAACCAAAGCUGGAGAUUUAUGUCGACGGCAGCAGCCUAAAAAACGGGAGAGCUGGUGCAAAAGCUGGAUGGGGUAUGUACUUUGGAGAUGAGGACAGCCGCAAUAGCAGUGGGCCUGUGACAGGUGAGCAGACAAACAACCGCGCAGAGCUAACUGCACUCAAACGCGCUUUGGAUCAUGUCAAUGACAAAGACAAAACCUAUGUUAUUCAUACCGAUUCGCAGUAUACACUGAGUGCAAUUAAUACAUGGGGUGAAUGGUGGGAAAAAAACGACUGGAAGCUCAGUUCGACAGGGAAACAGGUCAAAAACCAGGAUCUCAUUAAAGAUAUACGAACUACACUGAAAGCUCUCCAUUCAGAGGGAUAUGAUGUCGAACUGAGCAAAGUUAAAGGCCAUUCAGAUAUUCACGGCAACGAGCAAGCUGACCUUCUAGCUCGAGAAGGGGCUAGGAGGAGCUAG